AGUGAGGCCACAGAAACGAAACAAGCGCGCCAAUGAUCGCACGGAUCCACUAAGAACACCCAAAUAUAGAGACGACUCUAUAGCAAUAGCAACUCAACUGUGAUACCAAACGAACACGCACAUCAAGAAUCCCCAAGAUGUCUGCCACCAAGGUGAACCAUUUGAUCGGAGCGACUACGCGUUACAUUGCCGGACGGAAUGCGGUGCAGACGGUCUACUGGCGCACCUCCGCCGGACCCAAUCCCCGGAUACUGAAGACCAACAAGCUGCAGAACUUCGAUCGCACCCAGAAGGCGCCGCAGAGUGUGCGGCUGCAGAACUACGAUCGCAGCUAUAUCCGUGAUUAGGAAAUUGUAUAGUUUCAAUUCCGACCUUGACAUGUUCCUAAUGUCGCACUAGACAUAUGUAAUUUUUUUUGUGCACUUUGUAUUUAUUAUAUAGAGUAUUUUCCACAGCGAUAGUUCUUAUCGUGCGAAUUAGAGUUAAUCGAAUCCAAACGAA